AUGUCCAGGAGGAAGCAGGCAAAGCCUCGAUCUCUUAAACGGGACGAAGAGUGGGACGACGGUAACGAGCAGAAUGUCCUGGAGGCGGCCGAACAGGAUAACGAAACGACGGCGAUUAAGCAGGAUGAUGAGGAGGAGGAGGAAGAGGAGGAGCUGCAACGGGCGUUCAGCCGUCAGUCAGAAGAUUAUCUGCAGGAUGGCAGGUCAACUUCCGUCCAAGGCCCAGAUCUAGAGAAUCAGAACAGCCUCGACAGCGAGGCCCUAGGAACCGGAAGCUCCUCGUGGCACAGCGAGGAUGGCGGGCCCAAUUCGCGUCGCGGCGGCGAGACGCCGUCGUCCUGCGCGACACCGACAUCGGCCAGCUUUCCGUCGGAGCCGGAGGUUGACGCCGACGUCGGCGUCAAUCCCGACGGCAAUAAUCCCGCUGCCCCGUACCCUUGCCAAUUCUGCGACAGGACGUUCCCGCGGCUCAGCUACCUGAAGAAACACGAACAGAGCCACGGCGAUCAGAUGCCGUAUCGAUGCAGUUGGUGCAACAGACUGUUCAAGCACAAGCGCAGCCGCGAUCGUCACGUGAAGCUGCAUACCGGGGACAGGCGAUACCGCUGCUCGAAAUGUGAGGCCGCCUUCUCCAGGAGCGAUCACCUGAAGAUCCACCUGAAGACGCACGACACCCAGAGGCCUUACCAAUGCACGGCUUGCACGAGGGGCUACAGCUCGGCCGCGGCUCUGACGUCGCACAUGCAGUCCCACAAGAAGCAUCACCAGUCGUCGUCGUCGUCGUCUCAGCCGACCGGCAAGCACCAGGACGUCGACUACGGCCGGAGAAGCGUCUCCUCGCACAGCACGUCGUCGCCGCCGGUGCCGUCGUCGCCGUCGCCGUCGUUGAAUCUCAGCCUGAACCCGCGAAACGUCCUGAAGACGUCCCAGGGCACCGGCAGCGCCUCCACCACGCCGAUCCUCAACUCGCCCCUGAAGCUCGCCUGCAUGUACUGCACCCGGGACUCGUUCAGCUGCAUGCAGCAGCUGCAGAUGCACGUGCGCACGAUGCACCAGGCGAUCCUGAGCGGCGCGGAGGGUCUGACGCGGCCGCCCUCGCCGAGCAGGACGUCGAGCGAGCAACAGGCGGUGUUCUGCUCGCGCGACAAGCCGCCCCAGGAUCGCCAGGAUCGCGGCGCGAAGGACCUGCGCGCCGAUCGGAAGUACCCGCCUGAGGAGAGGGUCGACCGGCCCGCCGGCGAACGGGACCACUACGAGAACGCGUUCACCUGCAACCAGUGCACCAUGAAGUUCUCCACCCUGGCCUGCCUGCGCGAUCACUCGCUGUCGAUACACCGAGUUGACGGCGGCUUCAGCGCGACGAUGGUGAUAUGCCCGUUGUGCGGCAUCCCGUGCACCUCGACGGCCGCCUACGCCGAGCACUACGUUCUCCAGCACUGCGAGAAUCGUCGACCGGCGCCGGCGGCCGGUAUAGACUACAGCGAGACGAAACUGAACGGGGUUUACAACAGCGCGCCGGCGAGGGACUCGAGGAUGCCGCGGAGCAGAGAUGCCGCCCCGGAGGCCGCCGAUCUCACGAACAAACGUCCGACGACCCGGCCGUCCGCGGACGCCGCUGGCGGCUACACCGCCGACACUCUUCUGUGCGGCCAGUGCGACGCCGCGCUGAAGGACUUCGAGUCCUUUCGCGAGCACGUGGCCCGGCACCUGCAGGCCGAUCAUCGCAAUCAGGAGAUGUCCAGCAGGCAGCACCUGUGCCCCAAGUGCGACACCGUCUUCCCGGCCCGCGAGGACAUGCUGGCCCACCUGACCAAGCACUACCUUGGCCAAACCACCAAGGAAUUCGCGUGCGGCGCCUGUAAGAAGUUCUAUCCGCAUCCGGAUCAGCUGCAGAGACACUUGCUGGACGCCCACGCGCAUCAUCUCUACCGCUGCGCCCUGUGCCGCGACACGUUCGACUCCAAGGUGGCGAUACAGGUGCACUUCGCGGUCAAGCACAGCCAGAAGUGCCGGAUCUAUCGAUGCAACGUGUGCUACUCGCUGUCCAACAACGAGAACUCGCCGCCGGGGUCGAACGCGGCUCCACCCGGCGACGGCAGGAGCUUCUUCAGGAGCGAGGCCGAGAUGGCGGCCCACGUGCGCAACGUACACGCCCCUCCGCCCGUCGCCCCGUCGUCCCUGUUGAACAGCAGCCCCGUCGGAGCCGCGACGAGGAGCCCGGCCUCGACGCCCGGCGUGAUCGCAACGCGCUGCGUCUUCUGCGCGACCUGCUGCAGCUCGGAGCUCGAGCUUCAGCUACACCUAGCCAGCCACUCGGCCAGUCUCUACAGAUGUCCCAUCUGCAGGGAGGGUUUCGCGGUGGAGUUUCUGUUGGACCGGCACGUCGCCCAGGUACAUCAUCAGGCGGCGCAGGAUCAUCAUCAGGCGCCGUCGGUCAGAAGCAGGGAGAACGGGCGCGUUCAUCGACCGGCUAGAAGUCAGGAAGAUGCGAAAUCUCUGAAGAGGGGCCGCUCGCCAGCUUCGAGCAACAACAAUUCCGUGAACCAACGCGACAACAACAACAAACGCUUGAACUACAGCACUGCCGGUCAGCAGUGCGAGCUCUGCGAACGCGGUGAAUUCGCGAACGAGGCCGAGCUGCAGGCACACAAGAAGCUCGCUCACACGCCGCCCAAGCUGUCCAACAAGGCUCUGUCUACCUUGAGCAUGACGUGUGGCUACUGCGGCGAGGUUUGCCGCUCGCGGAGCGAGCUGGAAUCUCACACGAGGAUCCAGCACGCGUCCAACGAGCCCGGCGGCCGUCACAAGUGCAACAUCUGCGACGAGGUGUGCCCGUCCGGCGCGAGUCUCGCCGAGCACAAGCUCCAGAAGCACUGCAAGAUCCAGCUGAGCGACACGUGCGUGGUGUGCCGCGGCUGCCUCACGUCGGAGAGCCAGUUCCUGGACCACGUGCAGAGGCACAGCCUGGAGAACGUGGAUCCGCAGCAGCGGCUGGACAGCACGCUGCCUCAUCUGCCCGCGCCGUGCGUCGUCUGCCGGCAGACGCUGAUCAGCGACCUCGAGUGUCGUCUGCACGCGCGGCAUCACCUGCGUACGUCCUCGUCGGGUAGCACGCGCAGCGCCGGCGCCAGCCCGACCACCAGUCCCGGGGGCGGCGGCGGCAACGGCCAGGGUCAGGGCUGCUGCCUCUGCCUGCGCGACUUCGCGGCCGAGGACUUUGUCAAUCUGCCACCCAAUCCUGCCAGCACGAGCGGACAGCUGCUCCGGGUCUGCAAGCCGUGCUACAUGCGACACUCCCAAGGACUGCCGAUACUGAACUCGACGACCUACGAGCACCGGGCCAAGUACGAGGCGGCCUGGCUCGCGCGCAAGGACGGCCAGUGGGACGAACCCAAGGACAAGUGGGAUCACGAGAGAGGACUCAAGGCGGAGGAUCGGUCCAGAGGCGAAGGAAACGCGAAUAAGAAACGGUGCGAAGAGUGCGGGGUUAAGUUCGAGGAUCCCGAAGAGGCGGAGAAGCACAGGAUCGCCGAGCACGAAAAGCCCGCUGGCAGCGCCUCGAAUACCUACACCUGUAUACAGUGUCAAGUGUCGUUUCCAACUGAAGCCAAGAUUCAGCAACACGUGAGGAAGGAACACUUGGAGGCGUCCGGGAAAGCCUCCUUGGAGGCUUUACGGUGUCACUUGUGCCUAUUCGAGGCCGCCAGUCCUAUGCAGCUGCAAAUUCACUUAAUAGAGCACACUUUCGCCGGCUGUACCGCCCUUAGCUGUUACAUCUGCCAGUCGCUCUUCACAACUCCCGUUGGCCUUCAGAAUCACAUGCUACAGGAGCACGGACUGGACGCGCGACCGUACGAUUGCUCCAAGUGCACGCUCAAGUUCUUCUUCAGCGCGGAACUGGACCACCACGUGCUAACCUUCCACCGUCCGGGGGAGGAGAUCCACCCUCCGUCGGUCGAGAGCGCUCGCGGGACCGAGAAGCGCGACGGCGGCGUAACGGUGAAGGAGGAAGUGGUGCAAGGCGGCAAGGAGGAGGAGGAGGAGGAGGAGGAAGUGAACGUGGACGAUCAGGUGGGACAACACGAGGAGGUCGGACGAGAGGAGCAGAAGCUGAAGACAGAGGCGGUGGACGGCGAGGCGACGUCCGGCAGGAUGGAGUCGUGA